AUGCCAUCUGCCUCACCUUCAUUCGAGGAAUUUUGUAUUUUUCUCGAACAAUUGAAUGCCAUUAAGAGUAGUGAAAAGAGAGAAAGAUUGCGCAAGUUUAUCUCAAAAUGGGUUGAACGUUGUGGUCCUGAUGUGUAUGACGCGAUACGCUUACUGUUACCAAAAGGAGAUGAGAGAACGUACAAUUUAAAGGAGGACAAAUUAGCAUCUGUCUUGACGAAAGCAUUGGCUAUUAAUCCAACGUGUGCUGACGGCAUCCGUCUGAAAAAGUACAAACAACCUGUGGCUCAUAAUGAGAAAACUGCUGGCAAUUUCCCUCUUAUUGCCUAUGAGGAAAUUGAAAAACGAUCCAUUGUGCGAAAAUCAACACAGACAGUCAGACAAACCAAUGAGUUCUUGGACCGAUUAGCAGACCCUGAAAAGAAGGAGGAUCAGGCCGACAUAUUCAAGGAAAUGUUGAGCAAAUACACAGCACAGCAAAUGCAAUGGAUCGUCCGCAUCAUUCUAAAAGAUUUAAAGAUUCAGUGUGGCGAAAGAACCAUCUUGAAUUCUAUCUACGAUGGCGCGUAUGACGACUGGACGACCAACAAAUCAUUGCAAGCAAUAUGUAAUCUGGCAUCAUACACUGAAGGAGAAGGAAGCACCGCUAGACUUCGAGAUCAGAGACGGCAGAGGCUCCAAUUAUUCAACAUGUUCAUACCUCAAACCUGCGAGCCAUUCAGCGAAAAGUGUUACAAUCAAUUGACAAAGCCAUUUUACGUCGAGAAAAAGUUUGAUGGAGAGCGAGUGCUAAUGCAUUAUGACAAACAAAAGGACCGGUUCUUGUGGCAUUCCAGAAGGCGAAUAGACGAAAAUUACUUGUAUGGAUCCUCCUCCAAGGAGUUGAGCAAGCUUUCCAGUCGUAUUUAUAAAGGCAUUACUACCAAAAAAGUCAUCUUGGAUGGUGAAAUGUUGGCCUACGAUCCAAAGCAAGACAUCUUCUUGGAGUUUGGCACCUUGAAAGAUGCAGCAAAAAGAGACAUCAGAAAUGACCAGCUUCCACACCCUUGCUUUGUUGUUUUUGAUAUUCUUCUUAUUGAUGAUGCCCUAAUGACUGGAUUCCCAUUCGAAGAGCGUUUGCGAGCACUGGACCACCUGAUAACAGAACAAGGCAUGUAUUUGCGAUUGAUGCCCAGGCUCGAAAUGAACACCCAAGAAGAGAUCAACGAGGAGCUGGAAAAAGUGUUAUUGAAUCGAGAAGAGGGCCUCGUUAUCAAGGAUAGAAGCUCAGUAUAUCAAAUUGAUAAGCGAUCUUCUCAAUGGUUAAAGUACAAGCCCGUCUACAUGGAUUCGAUGGUGGACACGUGUGAUCUGCUGUUGGUGGGUACAAAGUACGGUAGUGGUCGUUUAGGCGGAAAAUUGGGUAGCAUCUUGUGUGCCGUUCGAGAUGACAGGAUUCCAGACACUGAGCCGCCCAGGUUUGUUACCUUUACAUUGGCUGGUGGCAUGAAAGCAGAGACCGUGAGAGAGCUCGAGCAUCUCAUGAAAACAAGGUCAAAGCAUGAUCCUAGAAAGGUGCCAGAAUGGAUGGUCCAUCCUAGACCGGGUGAAUCCUUUGAUCAAGUCGUUGUUUAUCAAGACGGUAUUGUAGUAGAGGUCAAGGGCACUGAGAUUGUAGAUUCGACUAAAUUUGGGACUCAGUGCACCUUGCGAUUUCCAAAAUAUGUCGGGUUGAGAUCAGACAAAGGAUGGCAAGAUGUAAUGACCUAUUCAGAUGUCAUCAAGGCGAGAUCUGAAGGUGCUGUAGGCAAGAAGAGAGACGCAGCUGACAGAAUUGUGCGAGGCAGCGAAAAAAAGUCCAGAAGGGGUGCAUUGCUAUUACCUAGCCAGCAGGGUAUAGACUCAAGUAACGUGGUUCAAAAAACAGCCAUUUUUGAGGGAAAAGUCUUUUAUGUCAUUACGGGAACCAAAUCGUCAGACUUUGAUGUUGGUGGUAUCUCAAAGAAUGAUCUGGACCUGCUGAUCAAGGAGAAUGGUGGUGAAUAUCGACAGAACAAGACAGCAGACAUACUCAUUGCAGGCAUAUCGAAUUCACGGGUAGACAGUAGCAUCAAAGCCGAUGAAGAUUGCGAUAUAUUGCAUCCCAACUAUAUUCUAGACUCUAUCGAAGCCAAAAAACUGUUACCUAUUACACCCAAAUACAUGUAUUAUACAUCGUCCAGAACCCAGCAAGAUUUUCUGAAAACCAUGGAUGCCUAUGGAGAUUACUACAACAAGAAAAUAGGAACCAAAGACUUGCUUGAGAUCAUGGAUCGCAUGGACACAGAUCAAAACCUAGGCGAUACCUGUUACCGCAACUUGGCCUUGGAAACAACAGAACGCUAUUUUUCAGAAGGAAUCAAUGACAUGCUAUUUUUGAACUGUGUAGCCUACUUUGAUUUUGAUACUUCCAUGCCCAAGGAACAGCCUACGCCAAUCUCGAUGGAAUGGGUCAAUUGGAAACGGUAUCAGGAAGAUUUGGAGCUGGCUCAACUUCUGUUUGAGUUUCAGGCAGGAAGAGUAACGGCAGAUGCUUCAGAUUCAAGAAUAACGCAUGUUAUUUUUGAUCCACAUGAUUUAUCGCGCUUACCCAAGUUAUCAGAAAUAUUCAAAAGAGAGCCGCUGCCUCGGUUUGUUACGCUGGGCUGGAUCCAUCGAUGCCAUAAAGAAGAAGUCCAUAUGGAUGAGAAGGAAUUUGAUCCAAAAUUCUUUGUCUCUCGUGCUGCUAUGUAA